ACUCUUCAUUAGUCCUAUUCUAGCAGGUGUUCUUGUUCUUAACCCUGACUCAGGGCAGCCAGAAAGCAUAUCCCAAUGUUGCAUAAGGGUAGUACAGCCCGGUUGGCAUGGGUAUAUAAUUCCCUCCUUCCCCUACCCCUGAGCUUCGACAAAAGCACAUGUGUCUCUUGUCUAGACGAUACGUGAUACGUUUUCUAUUUAUGCUAUAAGCGGACAGGCUAUCCCUUCUCGUCCCUGCUCCCCGAGGAACAAGAGAAGAGCAAUGUCCACAUCCACCUUCGAAACCCUAGUCCGUCAUGUAUCAAGACCAAACACGCGAAUCCCUCCAAUGGCGCGUCGAAGUUCCUCUCCCAUGCCAUGCCGCAUUGCUAUCAUGUCUAAAAACAAGCUGCACAAGGAAGCAGCAGCGAAAGACCCCGAUCUCCGCCGGUGUCUCGGCCAUCAUCGACUCCUCCGCCGCUCUAUCCAGGAGGCCCACUCCGAGAUGCAGAAGUAUAUGGCUUCUGUACGACUAGAGAGUGACGAUGAUGAAGAUAUUUUUGACGACGACGACGAGGAAGAGCCACAGCCACAGCCCACCUACCAAUUCCCCUCUCCACCUUCCUCUACACAUACACAUACACAGACACACAGACAGACACAGACACACAGACAGACACAGACACAGACACAGACACCAACUGCACAAAGACCAGAACCCACAGAGACAGACCCAGACUCGCCCGGCUCCGUAAUCCGAGACCAGAUUACAGCCGCCAUGCGAGCAAUGAUUAAACGGCGCAUGCCUCAUACUACCCCCUCCAACCAUCGCGAAGAGCGCACUCCCCCAGAGAAACAUGCUCUCGCUCGGGUUUCCUCCCGAAACAAGAGUUCUCCUGACAUCUCCAACCCGAUCGAGAUCGAGAAGCACAGUGAUCUGAGGCUGGAGAAAGCCCCAUCCAUCGCGUCUCGAGGACGCAAGUAUGCAUCCCGUCUAGUGUUCAGACGGAGGUGUUCUCCUGCGCCUUUGCAGGCCAUUACUACAUACUAAAGGGCGAAUACGGGAUCCUUUCUAUUUCUUAUCUGUAUAUACAUUUUUUCUUUUUUCUUUUCACUCGUGUAUUCAUCGCUGGACGUUUGGUUACGAGGACCUAUGGGUGAACGACUGUUUAUGUAGUUAUUUAUGUAUCUAUUUUCAAUGAAG